AUGUCCCAGAUAGAGCCCUACAACGGGACUACGGACCCUCUUGACCACUUGGAAAGCUACCAAGCCCUCAUGGCAUUGCAAGGGUCCUCGGAGGUCGUGCUUUGCAAGGCCUUCUCCGCAAUACUCCGAGGGACAGCUCGACUUUGGUUCUCCGGGUUGAAGCCGAGCACUGUAUCCUCCUUCGAACAGCUCGGCAGGCAGUUCGCCACCAACUUUGUUGCCAGCCGACGUCAGCAGCGUACGUCGGACUUCCUUCUCGACAUCAAGCAAAAAGAGGGAGAGUCCCUCAAAGACUACAUCAACCGCUUCACCGCCGCAACCUCGGAGGUUUGCGAGCUUGAUCAGUCGAUAGCCAUGUCAACGCUAAAGACAGAAGCUCGGUCCAAUAGAUUCCUCUUCUUCAUUGAGAAGAACUUUUCCGCCGACUUCACCGAAAUGUUGGCUCGAGCUCGGAAGUAUGCGAAGGCUGAGGAGGCUAUCGCCUCCAGGCGAAGUGCGACCGAGCAGGCCUCGAAGAAGCAGAAAAGGCACCGCGAGGAGCGCGGCCGCCCGAGAAGUCGGUCCCCCCACCUAAGGAGUCCACCUCGACAGCGGGCACAGCCUCGACCGAGAUCCCCGCCUUGGCCGAGGUCUCCAUCUCGGCAGCGAAUCCCUCUGGAAAGGUACGAGAACUACACUCCACUCAACACACCUAGGACGGAAAUUCUUAUAGAGAUAGAAGGUCGGAACUAUCUCCAACCCCCACCCCCGAUGCGGAAAUCAGAACUUCGGUGCCACUUCAGGAAAUACUGUCGCUUCCACCGAGACCAUGUCCGCGACACAAAUGAAUGUUUUCAACUCCGAGACGAGAUCGAAGCACUCAUUCACCAUGGGGUCCUCAACCGGUUCGUGCAAAGCCAGCGUGAUGAAAGAAGGUCGGAGGAGAAUGAUGCACCCCCUGAAGGUCCAAAUGACAACAGGCCUAUCGCUGGCACCAUCAACCCCAUAGGAAGAGGCUCGGCCGAAGGAAGCUCUGCUGGAGAAUCGGCCGAGGGAAGGAUCCCUCCGAAGCGUCAAUGCACUUCUGAGGCCAUCUCAUUCUUGGACGAGGACUUGAAAGGAGUUGAGAUUCCUCACGAUGAUGCUGUGAUUGGCUCCAGCCUGAGCUCGCACGAGAGAAAUCAUCUGAUUAAGUUCCUCCACUCCAACAUGGAUGUCUUCGCCUGGUCGCCCAUGGAUAUGCCGGGAAUAGACCCCGAUGUUAUGGUUCAUCGACUCCAGGUGAAACCGACCUGCAAGCCUGUAAGGCAGAAGAAAUGGAUUUCUGCGCCGGAGCGACAGCGAGCGGCGGCCGAGGAGGUGGACAAACUCCUCGAGGCCAGCUUCAUCUGA